CCGGGAUCUGGGUUCCCGGGUCCGGGUGAUAGAUUCGCUUCCCUCUAGCGUAGUAUCGGGUUCUUCAGCCCCUGUGUUUUUGUGUCUCAUUUCUCAGGACCCCGAGGGCAGUGUGUGAAGCGGGGACGCCAGCCAUGUUCCAGGCCACUUGGCGCCAGGAGCCAGUGACCUUUGAGGACGUGGCUGUGUACUUCACUCAGAAUGAAUGGGUCAUCCUGGACCCAGCACAGAGGGCCCUGUACAGGGAGGUGAUGCUGGAGAAUUAUGCAAAUGUGGCUUCUCUAGCUUUUCCAUUCACCAGACCCGUUCUGGUGUCCCAGCUGGAGCAAGGGGAACUGCCAUGGGGCCUCGAUCCCUGGGAACCUGUGGGCAGGGAGGCCCUCAGAGGUAUCUGUCUAGGGGCUGAGAUCAGAACUGAGAAGGGAGAAUCAACUCAAAAGGAACACAUUUCUAAAGAAAUGGAGUCCUACAGACUGACAUUAGGAGGGCUGCCAGGGAAUGUUCCCCAGCACCUUGACCUUGGGAGCAGCCCAGAGUGGCAGCAUGGUAACUGGAUAGUCAAGAAGACAGACUCAAAGAGGAGAGAGUUCACAGAUGGGUCAACCAGGCAUCAUGAGGCCUCCGCUGUCGAGAAUGGGGAGAAGUGUGAGAAGUUAGGAAAAAAUAGCACACAACUCACUACAAAUCAGAGCAUUCUUAGUGGUCAGAUAUCUUAUGAAUGUAGAAAAUGUGACAGAUAUUUCAGUCGAAUGGCAGACUUCCACCAACAUCAGAGACGUCACACCAGUGAAAAAUCUUAUGAAUGCAAAGAAUGUGGAAAAGACUUCAGAUAUAACUCAUUACUUAUUCGACAUCAGAUAAUUCACACUGGAAAGAAACCAUUUAAAUGUAAAGAAUGUGGGAAAGGUUUAAGUUCAGACACAGCUUUGAUUCAGCAUCAGAGAAUCCACACUGGAGAAAAGCCCUAUGAAUGUAAGGAGUGUGGCAAGGCCUUCAGUAGUAGCUCUGUCUUCCUCCAGCACCAGAGGUUCCACACUGGGGAGAAACUCUAUGAAUGUAAUGAAUGUUGGAAAACUUUCAGUUGUAGCUCAAGUUUUAUUGUCCAUCAGCGAAUGCACACUGGGGAGAAACCGUAUGAAUGUAAAGAAUGUGGGAAACGAUUAAGCUCCAACACAGCCUUGACUCAGCAUCAGCGAAUUCACACCGGGGAGAAACCUUUUGAAUGUAAGGAGUGUGGGAAGGCGUUCAAUCAGAAAAUAACCCUGGUUCAGCACGAGCGAGUUCACACUGGCGAGAAACCUUAUGAAUGUAAGGUGUGCGGGAAAACCUUUAGCUGGUGUGGAAGAUUCAUUCUGCAUCAGAAACUACAUGUGCAGAAGACAUCUGUCCAAGAGUAGUACUGGAUUAUCCACAGCUAGGCUCACUGUGCCUCUUCUUGUUUCUCUCCAUUUCCAUGCUUUUUAUGAGUGUCAUCACUGUCCUUCCUGGACUGUGCUAAUUCUUAACCAUGUGCCUCUGUUUCUACAGCUCUGCGUAACUGGAACGUCCCAGUAAGAUGUUUAAUUCAGACUCGCAGCUUCCAUCAUGAAACCUUGCUCAAAUUCUCUGAGCCCUUGUUUCUUCAAUAUAAAUUCUCUUUACAGUCAGAAAAGACAAGAAACAAACCCCCAAACUUACAAACAUAAAAGGAAAUGUAAGUUUCCAGAUCGAAAGGGUAUGCUGAGCGCCCAGCAAGAUAGACUGGGGUAAACCUACAUCAAAGAACAUCACUGUGCAUGAUCAACCCAUGAGGUUUAAAGAGGAGAUCCUACAAAGUUUCUAGAGAGAGAAAACAAAAGAUCAGGAAUAAGAAUGGUACCAGAUUUCUCAACAGCAACCUUGAAAGUGAGAUGACGAUGGCGUUUGCCUUCAGAAUAGAAAAGGGAAAAUGAUUCCCACCCAGAAUUUUAUACCCUCAAGUGUGAGUAUAGAAUAAAGGCAUUUCAGACCCUUUAGAUAUGAAAACUUUACCUCCCAUGUAUUCUUUCUCAGAUGUGCAACACUAAACAAGGGGUAAACCAGCAAAGAAAAAGACAAAUAUGUGGUAACCUUAUUACCAUCUGUACAUUUUAAGUCUACUAAACUCAAACAGAGGGAUCUUGUCCAUGUAGAGCCAGCUGCAUCCUGGAAGACAUUCCUAAUAGGGUGCAAACUUUCAGAGACCUACCUCGGGUGCAGUGCCCACCUACACUACUUCUUACUCUGCAGUUACUCUUCACCACUCAGUUACAGUCUGUGCCUUUGCAAAAGUUGGGGUGUAUGUACCCUCUGAGUCAGAUGCAAGGCCCUAUUUAUCCUAAAUGUAUCCAUCUCAUUGCUGUUCCAAGUGACCUCAUAGCAGGAAACAUUUCCUUGUAACUUCAUCUAGUUGUUUUUUUAUGAUCAUGGAAGGAGCUACCAUUAUUUUCUGUUACCUGUGAAAAUGAAGGAAGAUGUAAAUGUGUUCUGUUUUAGCAUCUACUUCUGCAGACAGCUUGACUUUGCCCACAGGAGGCAGAGGGUAGUGGUUAAUAAUACAGAGCCUGGCAGACUUUGGUAUGAAUGCAGGUAUGUGACCUUGGUUAAGUUGCAGAAAUUCUGUACUAAGUUCCUUAUCUGUAAAAUAGGGAUGACCGUCUACCUCAUAGGUUUGUGUUGAGGCAUAACUGCAUUCAUACAUGUAGCGUGCUUAGAACAGUGACUGGAGCGUAAUAAACAAAAGUGUUAUUUAUUAUUAUAAUGCCAUUGCUAAGUUUUGACUUAUGUAUACACCACUGAAACAAUCACCACAACCAAGAUAAUAAACACGGCCAUAACACCCAAAACUUUGCUUAUGCCCCUUGGUAAUCCCUCCCUCCUAGCUCUCCACAGGCAACCACUGAUCUAUUUUCUGUCACUUUGGAUUAGUUUUCCUUUUCUAGGAUUUUAUAUAAAUGUUAUCACACUGUAUGUACUCUUCUUUUUGGUCUGGUGUCUUUCACUCAGCAUAAUUAUUUUGAGAUUCACCCAUGUUGCCUAUAUCAAUGGUUCAUUCUUUUUUAUUAUUGAGUAGUAUUCCACUAUGGAUAUACCACAAUUUGUCCAUUCACCUCUCGAUGGCCAUUUGAAUUGUUUCUGGUUUUUGGCUGUUACAAAUAAAGCUGCUAUGAACAUCUGUGUCCAA